GUAACUCUAAAACGAUGAGCAAUGUCGACCUCUAUUUUGAUUUCGAGUGGAAGAAAUUUUGUGAGACAUUUCUGUCGGAAUCUUGCCAUUAGAAAGACUGGUGGUGCUCAGUGUUUGUACUCCCAGGUGAGCAAGACACAAAAUCAGGUGGAUGAUGGAGAGGUCAAGCUGAGUGACCGCUGUGUUAAGAAGCUGAAGAGCUUUGGUGAAGAUGACAGCUGUGUUCGUGUUGUUGUAGAAGGAGGUGGUUGUGCAGGAUUUCAGUAUAAGUUUGAACUGGACAAUGAAAUUGGGCCGGAGGACAGGGUAUUUGAGCGGGAAGGAGUGAAGGUCAUUGUGGACACAAAUUCUCUAGAAUUCAUCAAGGGCUCUACUAUAGACUACGACGAGGAGCUGAUUAGGUCAAGUUUCAGGGUGAUAAACAACCCCUUAGCAGAACAGGGUUGUGGCUGUGGGGCCUCGUUCUCUCUGAAGUAGAUCCCUACAGGGUCUCUUCAAAGACAAUGGAUAUUAUAUAAGCGAUAUCUGCUUCUUUAAGCAUAUUUAUGUUGUCACGGUUGGGUGAAUACUUGAUACAUGUAGAGAUGGAGAAAAGGGAAGUGAUAUGUCCUGCAUUUAUUUUUUAAACCAUAUUUGGAAUGCAUGAAACGCUUUUAAAAUCAAAGAGGUGUACAAAGGAGUUACAGCAACAAUCAAGCAUCAUGGUAAUGGCUCCUUUAAGCAAUUUACCCUACGGUUGGGGGACACAAAGUGUUGAAUAUUUGCAAAGAAGCACCAGGUUUUAGUUUCCAGAACUUUAUCAGGGGUGUCAGAUAGGACCCCUAUUGUUUUUGUACAAAUUAUUAUUUUUAUUCCAUAAAUUUGUGACCUUGCUACUGCCGGGACUGUUUAACAGAUUGACUUGAAAUUUUGCAGCAAAAUUUAACAGACUUAACAUGGUAAUUUCACAGUUUUGUACACUUUCGACUGUCAGGUUCCUACUUCACUGUCCAUAAAGCCACAGUAUGGUUAGAAAUAGAUAAGUUUUGAGGGCAAAUACGACAUGGACCCAGGCUGAAAUUGCUAGCAGUUCUAGUUAAUCGUAUUACUUGCACAUUAAAACAUGCUCCAUUUGGUUAUGGUUUGCAGUAAUUUAAGUCAUUUCAUAUUUUGAGUCUUUCACGUAUAUUCUUCAGUAUGGUUUGUUUCUACAGACCGAGACACACUAAAUUAAUAUAUUUCAGGGAAUCACGGAUAAAUCCGCUGGUAAUAUUUGCUACAUAAAGCUCUGACACGUUGGGCAUAUUUUUGGGAAACUUUUCAAAAUAUACCUGUAUGAAGGAAAAUGGCUGCUUGGUGUGUUCCCAAGGCUAGUAGUGUUCUGUAUUAUACUUCAGUGUAUUGUAAGGCUAAAUGUUAUGAUAUUUCCUACCCAGAUUACCACGGGAUGUUUAGCAGAUUUUCAAACAGGUAAUGUUUCAUUGUUCUAGGGUAAUUCAUCCAUGCAUAUGUUUAAGGUUAACAAGAAGUCAUUUUCCUACCUCAAUGUAGUGUUUAUUCUGUACAAUGACCCAGAAGUCUCUCACCAAUGUGAUCACUGUGAUCUAAAGUCCAGCUUAUGCGUCAGGUUUUCCCGGGUUUCUCCCACCAUAAUGCUGGCUGUCAUCGCAUAAGUGAAACAUUCUUGAAUAUGACGUAAAGCACCAAUCAGAUAUUAAAGUGAAUAAAUAUUAAUGAAGUAACUGAGGGGAUACAAUGAGCAUUGAAUGGGCAUAUUUAUUUUCAGUAAGAAUCUCAAACAGUUUUUUCCUAGACAUUUAUUAUAUUGACAUUUUUGUCUUGUGUUUUCUCCAGUGUUGUUAUCUUCUCGGUCAGGUAGCCAUUUUGAAAACAAACUAUUCCACUAGUUUGCACAGUGUUUCGCAAUCUGUGUGUAGAGCUAUUAAAAUGUCAACACAUUUUCCAAGAGAAAGUUUGUAUAUUGACUGGUUUUAAGUAUUAGUUUAGACAGCCAAAAACAGGUUUUCUCUGUAACAGUAUAUCCUUUGGCAAGUAGACAGGUAAAUUGUUAGGGUCGUGAUGAAUGGACAUGUAUGUUGCAUUUUGGCUUUAGUGAGAAACAGGCAUGGUCGUCCUUACUUAAGAGCAUUUUCGUGCAAUCAUUUGAGACCUGUGAAUAAUAGUAUGCUAACAUUUGUACACAC